AUGAGCUCGGCGACCUGGGUCUGCACCAUCUGCAGCUUCUCCAACCCCGUCCCUUCGAACUUUGACCCUGCUAUUGCAAAUGCUCACACGCCACUACCCCCAUGCUUGGCAUGCGGCAUCAAGCCGACCUUGACACAUGUGCUCAAGGCGGCCAUCUCAAACGCCAGCACCCGGCAGCCCGUGUCAGGCUUGCGCCCGGGCUUGCCUUCAGACCUGUCCACAGCAGCAACGGAUGAGGGACAGCCUCCCGCCUACACGGCGAGUCCCGUAUCUGGGCCGCCUGUCUACACAGGGGCGUCCUUCCAGUGCCCUCGCUGCACCUUCUUCAACCACCCGUCACUACUUUCGUGUGAGAUGUGUGGAGCGCCGCUCAUCUCACAGGAUGUUCCAGCAGAACUGGCUGCUAGCCAAGAAAGGACGGACUCCCCAGGGCCGAUGAUGGCUGCGUCGAGCGGGAAGCUCCCUGGCGUCGAGAACCCCGAGAACGUGAAGCUGUCCUUCCGUAACGGCGGUGUCCAGAUCUUCUACGAACGCCUGAAGGGAGCCAUGACGCAACGGAAGUGGCUACUGCAGGGAGCACCGCCUGUCCCGAAGUCCAACCAAGCCUUGGAAGAAAACAGUGGCCGGUCUACCCCUGCCGGACCCAGUGGUGAACGAGUCAAGAAUGUCGGCAUCGCAGGCUUGGAGAAACGGGGUCUUGAGAUGCGCAAGAACAACGAACUGGUCAUCGGCAGCGCCUUUGAAGAUCUAGAGGCCCUCAUGGCAUCCGCCAAGGAGAUUGUGGAACUGGCUGAAUCCUUUGCGAGACAGACCAAUGGGGCAACCGGCGCCGGCUCCACAGAGGCCAACGCCGUGCUGGCCGAGUCAGCAGCUCAGCUUGGACUCGUCACGACCAAAGACAUCGUGGGCGGGAGCAGUAGUGAAUCCCUCUACAUCUCCGAGCUGGCGCGUAACCUCGCGGAGUUCUUGACCGAUGAUGCGAGAGGGGUCUUGCGAAAAGCCGGAGGCAUCAUCAGCUUGGUCGAUCUCUGGGCCAUCUUCAACCGCGCACGCGGUGGUGUGGAGCUCGUGAGCCCUAUGGAUUUUGAGAAGGCCGCGCGGAUGUGGGAAAAGCUGAAACUCCCCGUCCGGCUGCGUACCUUUAAGAGCGGGGUCAUGGUAGUUCAGAGCAAAGAUCGCACCGACGACACGACCAUAAGGGCGUUGCUGGCGUGGCUCCAGGACCUGCAUGUGUUCCCUCCAGAACGAGAAGUGACCUGGGACUGGGUCGAAUUCGGGAGGGGAGUCACCGCGCAGGAUGCCGCUGAGCGAUUCGGGUGGAGCAUAGGUGUGGCCGAAGAAGAGCUGGAAAUGGCCGAGGAGCGCGGUGUACUGUGUCGAGAGGAAGACAUCGAGGGGCUCACGUUCUGGGAGAACUUCAUCGACACUGGAGAAGGCAGAUCCAAGUCACGGAGGCAUAAGAGGUCAGAGAGUGAGGAAAAGCAUGAACAGCUUGUCAAGGCUCUCAAGGAUAGCGGCUUUAUGUAG